ACAAGAGUUUCAGGAAGAGACAGACACGGACAGAGAGAGAGAUGGGUAAUAGCUUAAGGUGUUGUUUGGCUUGUGUUCUUCCCUGUGGAGCCCUAGACUUGAUUCGUAUAGUUCAUUUGAAUGGCCACGUAGAGGAAAUAACACGUCCUAUCACAGCAGGAGAGAUCCUAAAGGCUAACCCGAACCAUGUUCUCAGCAAGCCAUCUUCUCAAGGCGUUGUCCGGAGAAUCUUAAUCAUCUCGCCGGAGUCCGAGCUCAAAAGAGGCAGCAUAUACUUUCUUAUUCCAGCUUCUUCAUUGCCACUGGAGAAGAAAAAGACUGGAAGAAAAUUCACCCGCAAGAAGUACUCCUCGUCAAGGAAGAGCAAAAAAUCCAACCCAGAUGAUCUUACAUCUGAUUGUGAUCGUUACCUAACAGGUAUAAUCUCCUCAAAUAACAAAUCCUUACGUCGUGAUCACCGGACUUGCCGUACCGGAAUAUGGCAGCCUCGUCUAGAGAGGAUCACUGAAGAUUAACAUUUUUGUGGUGGUAAUUCCGACAUCACGGGGAUGGUUUUUAAAUGUACGUGAAGUUAUUGUUCUGUGGAUAAGUAAAAAAAUUAUCUUUUCUUGAUUCAGUCUGCGAAUAAUAUUAGCAGACCUGAAUUCCACCGUUGAUCAGAUCUUGAUCUGUUUGAUUCAUGGCGGAAAUUAUAGGAUAGAAAUACUUGUACCAAUUGGAAUUUGAAUUCUCCCCAAGAAGAAAGUUGUAAAGUAAAAAUAUCUUGUGAAAGCUUUUGUCUUCUAGUGAAGAGAUUGAUCUUUCAACUCAUGUGCACCUAAGAAAAAUUUUAUUUAUAUAAGAAACUAUCAAA